GCAGUGUGGCGGAGACGAGAGCUUCUAUCAAAACCUCCUCAGAAACUCUCUGAGGAGGAGCUCGCCAUCUUGAACGACGAGACCGAGGCGGAGGUCAAGAUGGGAUUCCUCGAGGGCCCGUUCCACACCGAGCAGGAAGUCACCGAACGGCUGGGAACUGAGGAGUGGUCCCCAAGUCAGAGAUUUCUUCUCCUCCAAGGAGAAGACAAAAAGCCACGCGUUAUUGAUAACCUCAGAGACUCGGGGGUCAACGCAUCCUUCGGAUCGACUUCAUUGCUCCAGAUGCAUGACAUCGACUUCGUGAUGUCGCUUGCAAUGUUCAUCUCUCGUGUAUGGAAGGAUCAGGAGAAAGUGCGAGUCCAGCUUCGAGACGGAACUGUGCUUGAAGGCCACUGGAAUGCCGCGAGCCGUGACUUGGUGACGUCCGUUUAUGUGGACGACUAUCCUACCUUCGAGCUGCUCCCCCUUGCAGCGAACGCCUCCAACGUCUUCUCCAGGCUGCUUACCGCCUUGGGGUGGGUGCACGCUACUGAAGGCAAGAAGGCGGUAGACUUCUCUUCGCAGUGGGUAGCCCUCGGAGCUGCCUUUGACUUCUCGAAGCUUCACCAAGGAGAGCUGACCGUGUCGAACAAAGAGGGCCGGCUCGAGCGCAUUGCAACGAUGGCUCAGAAGCUGCCCGCGGGAGAUUGUGACGUGAAGCAAGUGGCCACCUCCCUGCACGGAUUGCUCAACUUCGCUAGCGGCUUUGUGCUCGGGUCAGCCCUCAAGCCUAUCUCCAGGGCUUACUCAAGGAUGAACGCUCGGAAGGGCUUCGUGUUCAUCGACAACAACUCGGCCCUGGCCACCCUCGUGAAGAGAAGCAGUCAAUCCGAAGCGAUGUUUCGACUCGUCGCUGUCAUCAGCUCAAUGGACGCAGUCUUUCCUUUCGGAGCUUGGUACGAGAGGGUGCCUUCGAAGAGCAACCCCUCCGAUCUCCCAUCUCGUGGGGAGGCGGGACUGCUGUGCCAAAGGUUUGGGGCCGAGAACGACGGAGAGUUUGAG